UGCAGUCCAUCUCUGCUCCUGGAAGUGGAAUUUGGAGCGAUGGAAGGGAUAAAAAUGAUGGAACGCAAACCCAUACAUGGAAUGUAGAGGUUCUGAUUGACGUGCUUAAGGAGCUGAACCCAACCUUGAACUUCAAGGAAGUAACCUAUGAACUGGACCACCCUGGAUUUCAAAUUCGGGAUAGCAAGGGCUUGCAGAUUGUGGUGUAUGGUGUCCAGAGGGGAUUAGGACUGGAAGUCUUCCCAGUUGAUCUAAUAUACAGACCUUGGAAACACGCAGAAGGCCAGCUCUCAUUCAUCCAGCAUUCCCUCAUUAACCCAGAGAUCUUCUGUUUCGCCGACUACCCCUGUCAUACUGUCGCCACCGACAUCUUGAAAGCUCCACCUGAGGACGACAAUCGAGAAAUCGCCACAUGGAAGAGCCUGGAUUUGAUAGAAUCCCUGUUGCGGCUGGCAGAGGUGGGGCAGUAUGAACAGGUUAAGCAACUCUUCAGUUUCCCGAUCAAGCACUGUCCGGAUAUGUUGGUCUUGGCUUUACUACAAAUCAACACUUCCUGGCAUACUUUACGGCAUGAACUCAUCUCCACACUUAUGCCCAUUUUCCUCGGCAACCACCCCAACUCUGCCAUCAUCUUGCAUUAUGCAUGGCAUGGGCAGGGUCAGUCGCCUUCCAUUCGUCAGCUCAUUAUGCACGCUAUGGCAGAAUGGUACAUGAGAGGGGAACAGUACGACCAGGCAAAGUUAUCACGUAUUCUAGACGUGGCUCAAGACUUGAAGGCCUUGUCAAUGCUGCUAAAUGGUACUCCGUUUGCCUUCGUUAUUGACCUUGCUGCACUUGCCUCUCGACGGGAAUACCUCAAACUAGACAAAUGGCUCACAGACAAAAUUCGGGAGCAUGGGGAGCCCUUCAUCCAAGCCUGUAUGACAUUCUUAAAGAGAAGAUGUCCCUCUAUCUUGGGUGGCCUUGCCCCAGAGAAAGACCAGCCGAAAAGUGCCCAGCUUCCUCCAGAGACACUCGCAACGAUGCUGGCUUGCCUUCAGGCUUGUGCUGGGAGUGUCUCGCAAGAGCUGUCGGAAACUAUCCUCACCAUGGUAGCCAACUGCAGCAACGUCAUGAACAAAUCUAGACAGCCCCCACCUGGAGUGAUGCCCAAAGGACGUCCCCCCAGCGCUAGUAGUCUAGAUGCCAUCUCUCCUGUACAGAUCGAUCCUCUUGCUGCUGGAAUGGCAUCCCUCAGUUUAGGCGGUUCAGCGGCUCCACACACCCAGAGUAUGCCAGGCUUUCCUCCAAACUUGAGUUCAGCGUUUAGUACUCCUCAGUCACCAGCAAAAGCGUUUCCACCACUUUCCACCCAAAACCAGAACACACCAUUCAGUGGGAUUGGUGGCCUCUCUUCACAGCUUCCAGUAGGUGGUCUUACAACAGGUAGCUUGGGUAUUGGGACUGGGGCCCUUGGCCUCCCUGCGGUGAAUAACGACUCCUUUGUACCAAGAAAACUGAGUACAUCAGGACUGAGCCAGCCUGCGUUCCAGCAGAGUAAGAUGAAACCUUCUGACUUAUCUCAGGUAUGGCCAGAGGCUAAUCAGCACUUUAGCAAAGAGAUUGAUGAUGAAGCCAACAGCUAUUUUCAGCGUAUUUAUAAUCACCCACCACAUCCAACUAUGUCUGUUGAUGAGGUGUUAGAAAUGCUGCAGAGGUUUAAAGACUCCAACAUUAAACGGGAACGCGAAGUAUUUAACUGUAUGCUGAGGAACUUGUUUGAGGAAUAUCGUUUUUUUCCCCAGUACCCUGAUAAAGAGCUGCACAUAACAGCCUGCCUCUUUGGUGGGAUAAUAGAGAAAGGACUGGUUACAUACAUGGCGCUGGGCCUGGCCUUGCGCUAUGUUCUUGAAGCCUUACGAAAGCCUUUUCCAUCCAAAAUGUACUAUUUUGGUAUUGCUGCACUAGAUAGAUUUAAAAAUAGAUUGAAGGACUAUCCUCAGUAUUGUCAGCACUUGGCUUCUAUUAGUCACUUUAUACAGUUCCCUCAUCACCUGCAGGAGUACAUUGAAUACGGACAGCAAUCCAGAGACCCUCCUGUGAAGAUGCAAGGGUCUAUCACCACCCCUGGAAGUAUUGCACUUGCCCAGGCACAGGCCCAGGCACAGGUUCCGUCAAAAGCCCCUCUUGCUGGUCAAGUUAGCACUAUAGCCACCACCUCCACUACCACGACCACUGUGGCCAAGACUACAAUCACUCCAGUGGGUCGGGUCAGCUUCAAAAAGGAUGUACCGCCUUCUAUUAAUACAACCAACAUUGAUACUCUGCUAGUGGCUACAGAUCAGACAGAGAGAAUUGUGGAGCCUCCGGAAAAUGUUCAGGAGAAGAUUGCAUUCAUCUUCAACAACCUGUCACAAUCCAACAUGACGCAGAAGGUUGAGGAACUGAAGGAAACAGUAAAAGAGGAAUUCAUGCCUUGGGUUUCACAGUACCUUGUGAUGAAGAGAGUUAGCAUUGAGCCAAACUUCCACAGCCUUUAUUCCAAUUUCCUUGACACACUUAAGAAUCCAGAAUUCAACAAAAUGGUUCUGAACGAAACCUACAGAAAUAUUAAGGUGCUACUCACGUCAGAUAAAGCUGCUGCCAACUUCUCAGACCGCUCCUUGUUGAAGAACCUGGGUCACUGGCUGGGCAUGAUCACACUGGCUAAAAAUAAACCCAUCUUGCAUACGGACUUGGAUGUGAAAUCGCUGCUGCUGGAGGCUUACGUCAAGGGCCAGCAGGAGCUGCUGUAUGUUGUGCCAUUUGUGGCCAAAGUUUUGGAAUCCAGUGUCAGGAGUGUGGUCUUCAGGCCUCCAAACCCUUGGACCAUGGCAAUCAUGAAUGUACUAGCGGAGCUGCACCAGGAACAUGACUUAAAACUGAAUCUGAAGUUUGAGAUAGAAGUGCUCUGCAAGAACCUUGCCCUUGACAUCAAUGAACUGAAACCUGGGAACCUCCUCAAAGACAAGGAUCGGUUGAAAAAUCUGGACGAACAGCUCUCUGCUCCAAAGAAAGACGUGAAACAGCCAGAGGAGCUGCCACCAAUUACAACCACCACUGCUUCCACUACACCGGCUACCAGCACCACCUGCACCGCAACCGUUCCUCCGCAACCGCAGUACAGUUACCACGACAUCAACGUUUACUCUCUGGGAGGGCUGGCUCCACACAUCACUCUGAACCCUUCCAUUCCCCUGUUCCAAGCCCAUCCACAGCUGAAGCAAUGUGUGCGCCAAGCCAUCGACCGGGCAGUCCAAGAGCUCGUCCACCCGGUGGUGGACCGGUCCAUCAAAAUCGCCAUGACCACUUGCGAGCAGAUAGUGAGGAAGGACUUUGCACUAGACUCGGAGGAGUCCCGCAUGCGUGUAGCGGCACACCACAUGAUGCGGAACCUGACUGCUGGUAUGGCCAUGAUUACCUGUAGGGAGCCCUUGCUGGUGAGCAUCGCUACCAACCUGAAGAACAGCUUUGCCACCGUGUUGCGGGCAGCUUCGCCGCAGCAGCGGGAUAUGAUGGAGCAAGCCGCGGCGCAGCUGGCCCAGGACAACUGUGAGCUGGCGUGCUGCUUCAUUCAGAAGACCGCCGUAGAAAAAGCCGGCCCUGAGAUGGAUAAGAGGCUGGCCACCGAAUUUGAGCUCAGAAAGCACGCCAGGCAAGAGGGCCGUAGGUACUGCGAUCCCGUCGUCUUGACGUACCAGGCGGAACGGAUGCCCGAGCAGAUCCGAUUAAAGGUUGGCGGCGUGGACCCAAAGCAGCUAGCUGUGUAUGAAGAAUUUGCACGAAACGUCCCCGGUUUCCUACCAACCAACGACUCAACCCAACCUACAGGCAUCCUGGCACAGCCUAUGAAGCAAGCCUGGGCCACAGACGACGUGGCACAGAUCUACGACAAAUGCAUGGCAGAACUGGAGCAGCACCUGCAGUCCAUCCCUCACGCCCUGGCCAUGAACCCGCAGGCGCAAGCCCUGCGGAGCCUCUUGGAGGCCGUCGUCGUGGCACGGAACUCGCGUGAUGCCAUUGCAGCCCUUGGGCUCCUGCAGAAGGCUGUGGAAGGCUUGUUGGACGCCACCAGCGGUGCUGAUGCCGACCUGCUCCUGCGCUACCGGGAGUGCCACUUGCUGGUGCUGAAAGCGCUUCAGGAUGGCCGGGCAUACGGGUCUCCCUGGUGUAACAAGCAGAUCACCAGGUGCUUGAUUGAGUGUCGAGAUGAAUAUAAGUACAACGUUGAAGCGGUGGAGCUACUGAUCCGUAACCACCUUGUGAACAUGCAGCAGUAUGACCUCCACCUGGCCCAGUCCAUGGAGAAUGGCUUGAACUACAUGGCAGUGGCAUUUGCGAUGCAGCUGGUGAAGAUCCUCUUGGUGGACGAGAGAAGUGUCGCUCACAUAACAGAAGCAGAUCUGUUUCACACUAUCGAAACUCUGAUGAGGAUCAAUGCUCAUUCCAGGGGGAAUGCGCCAGAAGGAUUGCCGCAGCUGAUGGAAGUGGUACGGUCCAACUACGAGGCCAUGAUUGACCGUGCUCAUGGCGGGCCCAACUUUAUGAUGCACUCUGGAAUAUCUCAGGCCUCUGAGUACGAUGAUCCCCCUGGUCUGCGGGAGAAGGCAGAGUACCUCUUGAGGGAGUGGGUGAAUCUCUAUCACUCUGCUGCAGCCGGCCGUGACAGCACCAAGGCGUUCUCUGCAUUUGUUGGACAGAUGCAUCAACAAGGAAUCCUGAAGACUGAUGACUUGAUCACGAGAUUCUUCCGUCUUUGCACUGAAAUGUGUGUCGAGAUCAGCUAUCGGGCACAAGCCGAGCAGCAGCACAACCCUGCUGCAAACCCCACCAUGAUUCGUGCCAAGUGCUACCACAACCUGGAUGCUUUUGUGCGCCUCAUUGCGCUGCUGGUGAAGCAUUCUGGGGAGGCCACCAACACUGUCACGAAGAUCAACCUGCUCAACAAGGUUCUUGGGAUAGUGGUGGGAGUCCUUCUCCAAGAUCACGACGUCCGGCAGAGUGAAUUUCAGCAGCUUCCCUACCACCGCAUCUUCAUCAUGUUGCUGUUGGAAUUAAAUGCUCCUGAACAUGUCCUGGAAACCAUAAACUUUCAGACGCUCACAGCUUUCUGUAACACAUUUCACAUCCUGAGACCUACAAAAGCUCCUGGCUUUGUUUAUGCCUGGCUAGAGCUGAUCUCCCAUCGGAUAUUUAUCGCAAGAAUGCUGGCACAUACCCCACAGCAGAAGGGUUGGCCUAUGUAUGCUCAGCUGUUGAUCGACCUGUUUAAAUAUUUAGCCCCUUUUCUGCGGAACGUGGAACUUGCCAAACCUAUGCAAAUCCUGUAUAAGGGCACUCUGCGUGUGCUGUUGGUCUUACUACAUGAUUUCCCAGAAUUCCUCUGUGACUACCACUAUGGAUUCUGUGAUGUGAUCCCUCCAAACUGUAUUCAGCUACGGAAUCUCAUCUUGAGUGCCUUCCCACGAAACAUGAGGCUUCCAGAUCCCUUCACUCCCAACCUUAAGGUGGACAUGCUGAGCGAGAUCAAUAUUGCUCCAAGGAUACUCACCAAUUUCACAGGUGUGAUGCCGCCUCAGUUCAAGAAGGAUUUGGAUUCCUAUCUGAAAACCCGCUCUCCAGUCACAUUCCUCUCCGAGUUGCGCAGCAACUUGCAGGUCUCCAACGAGCCUGGCAACCGCUACAACAUCCAGCUGAUCAAUGCGCUGGUGCUGUAUGUGGGCACCCAGGCUAUUGCGCACAUUCACAACAAAGGCAGCACGCCCUCCAUGAGCACCAUCACCCACUCGGCUCACAUGGACAUCUUCCAGAACCUCGCUGUUGAUUUGGACACAGAAGGUCGGUACCUCUUCUUGAACGCAAUUGCCAAUCAGCUACGCUACCCAAAUAGUCACACUCACUAUUUUAGCUGCACUAUGCUUUACUUAUUUGCGGAAGCCAACACUGAAGCUAUUCAAGAGCAGAUCACCAGAGUUUUGUUAGAGCGGCUGAUUGUAAACAGACCUCACCCUUGGGGUCUCCUAAUUACCUUCAUUGAGCUGAUAAAGAACCCAGCAUUUAAGUUUUGGAACCAUGAAUUUGUUCACUGUGCUCCAGAAAUUGAAAAGCUGUUCCAGUCGGUGGCACAAUGUUGCAUGGGGCAAAAACAGGCACAACAAGUAAUGGAAGGAACUGGAGCCAGUUAGGGGAGAGACACACUGUGGAAAGCAUGUCCGCCUGGAGGUCUCCAACCCAUCAAGCUGCCAGAAGAACGUCUGUGGGUCUGUCCAGACCUUGGAGGCUGCAUCCCCCUCCCUCACGUUGGGCUUACAUCAUGGAUUUUUGCGUGAGAAAUUUCCUCCUAUGUGGGCAAGUUCCAAAGUUUAAAACAAAGUUCUGACUCUUGGCCAAAAUUCAGAAGAUGCUGUGAAUAUAAUUUUGAACUAUUGUAAAUAUACACAACAGAAAUAUCUGUCUAGACUUUGGGUUUGUGCAAACUGUGUUCGAGAGGCACGUAACAGGUGCCUGCCUGACCGGCUGCUGACACCAAGCGCUCGUCCGGGGCAGGUCUGCUCGCCUGACAUUCCCAGGCUCCCAAAGAGUAUGGAAAAGCCAGUUUAAAUAUUAUGUAACUUAUUUUUCUUGUGGGUGGGGGAGCUAUAAAUCACAAAGUUGUCAAAGAGAAAAAUUGAAUGUGUUGGAACAUGGGAUCCUACGGAAUAUAGGGGGAAUGAGGAGGAGAGGUUAAGAUUGGGCUCCAGUGCGCUGCUUUUCCCAGUAUCCAGUGCUGCCAGCAGGAGGCACAGGCAUUAGACCUGAAAGCUCCUUGGCAAAAUACCCCUCAAGCCCUGUGGGAGAGGGCUGGUUGUUUUAGCAAGAGAAACAAGACCAGGCCUGUAGAUUUUCUUUCAUGACACUUGUAAAUUUUGGGAAGGGGCGGGUGUGAAUCUAUUAACUGAUCCGCUGUGGCCACAAAGUUUGAGUUUGUAAAAAGAACAAAAGGACCAAUACAGCCCAUUUUGUAAGGAUUUUGAAUGUUUUGUAAAUGUAUUGGUCCAUGUGUUGUAUUUUGUAGCCUUUCUAGUUCUCUUGGGCUUUAGUUCUCCCACUUCUUGUAUGUAUGCAUUCUGUAGUUAAACAUUAAAGUCAUGACAAGCAUCAGCA